CAGCAGCUCCUUCCAGCAGUUCACUGGAGUGGUACUACAUCGGCGGACCUGUGGCUGCUGUCAUUUUCCUGCUGGCUCUAAAUGCAUACAUCAAAAAACGCCAUGCGACAGCUUUGCAAGAGGUGCCCAGCAGGUUGAAUGAAGAGCAAGAUGAAGUUGAGAUGGGUCAGCUAAACGCAAACACAGAUGAAUGGGAGAUUGCAGUUGAUCGCCUAAACUUUCGCGAGCCUAUUGGCAGAGGGGCAUUUGGCUCAGUGUGGCGAGCGCUACUGGGUCGGUCCCGUGGCAGGCGUGGAAAUCGUACAGUUGCUGCCAAGUGUUACCUGCCAAUCUCUGGAGAGCAAGGAAGAAGGGCCCUCUUUAGAGAGAUCGAGUUAUUGAAACUCUUUGGAAGGAUGGGGCAUGAGAAUGUUGUUAAGUUUAUUGGCUGUGUUACAGUUGGAGCUCAGCCAAUACUUAUCAUGGAGUACCUGUGGCGAGGUGACCUGCUGGGUUACCUCAGAAAAUCCAGGGGGGUUUUCGACCACUAUCAUCGUGGGGUCGGAAGGGUCGACCACUUGACAACAUAUGACAUGGUGCUGUUUGGUAAACAGAUCGCGAAUGGUAUGACUUUCCUCGCCUCUAGAGGGAUAAUUCAUCGCGAUCUCGCAGCUCGCAACAUUCUCCUCGAUGAGCAUCGCGUAUGCAAGUUGACUGAUUUUGGGCUCCCCUAUCAGGGUCUCAAAUACGGGCCAGGAAAUGCCAAGAAGGGAUGCAUCCCAAUCAAAUGGAGUGCACCCGAGAUUCUUUUCGGCCAUGUGGAACAGCUGUCAACCAAAAGUGAUGUGUGGUCUUAUGGCAUAGUCCUGUUUGAAAUCUUCACAAUCGGAGGCAUUCCAUACGAAGGAUGGUCUGAAACCACGACAAUGAGAAAAAUCCAAGAAGGUUACCGUUUGCCAAAGCCUGAACAUAUCGACGACAGUUUAUACGCGGUGAUGUUAAGCUGCUGGAAAUAUCGAAUAGCUGCCCGGCCACAUUUUGUGAACCUCUGCAAAACAAUGGAUACCUAUCUUAAAACAAAGACAUAUGUGGAUAUCGUGGACAUGGACAAGUAUGAUCACGAUAAGUACAAGUUUAUCGAUGAUCGUGGAGCUGCUGCAAACCGAGAAGAUGCAGAAACGGAUGAGCAGGGAGCAGCUGCAACAAUUUCCAACCGCGAGGUGGGUGAACACGGUGCUAUUGCAGAUCCUUUUGUGGUUGCAAUAAACGAUGGCGCUACAGCUUUCCCCCCCAAAGUUAGCGUAGGAGGCGAAGGGGCAGCUGCAGCAAAUCACGACCAUGAAGUGCGUGAACAAGGUGCUACAGCGCAUCCUUUUGUGGUUGCAAUAGACGGCGCUGCAACGGCCUUCCCCUUCAGAGAUGGCGUGGUGGACGAAGGAGCAGCUACAAAAAAUCCCGACUGAAAGGUGGGUGAACAGGGCGCUACUGCUUAUUCGUUUGUGGCUGCAAUAGAGGAUGGUGCUGGAGCUUCCCAUU